AUGAUUUUCAGACCUACACCAUUGCUACGGGCAAUCCGGCUCCAAGCAAAGCCCACCUCACUCACCAGCCGAAUCCAAUGCCGCAAUUUGAACUUUUGGGGCCGUAAGGGGAUGAAAGAGAAUGACGCUGUAAUUACCGCGAAAGGUCUGGGCGACAAGAUUUUGAUAUACUAUGCCGGCCAGAGGAUUGUAUUUGUGGCGACACUGAAGUUGGCGACACUCUUUGUCGCGGGGUUCUGCACCUUCAUUGCUGCCCCGUCGGUAGGUAUCGAGACUGAGUAUGGCUACUGGGCUCCUGUGGGAAUUAUAAUUGCUGGCAUCAUUCCCAUAGCAUUCAUGCAAUACACCAGUCCCCCAUAUGUGACGCACGCUUACCUCCACCUCCCUCCAUGGGCCCGAGUUUCUCGCGAGAUGGUCGCCCGUUACGUCAAGAAGCUUCCACCUAGUGCCGAGAUCUCGCUCGGCACCAUCCGUACUCUAGGUCGCCCGCAACUCAGUAAAGUGAUCUUAAGCGAGCUGAGGUAUAAGCCCAAGAGGUUGGGAUGUUCGAAUUGGGAGUGGAAGCCGCCGUUUGAGGAUAAGAAGAUGUAUAGGGAUUUCUUCGUCGACCAGAGGGGGAGUCCAGCUAAAGUUCCUAUGCCGGGGAUUAUGGACGAGAUCAUGAACCUGGUUAGGGAACAGACGGUGCUAGAGAAGAAAUAG